AUGCUAUCCACCCAGCACCGAAAUUCGCAUGACCGGCACCGGCAACAUCGAAGGCAGAUUUCCACCCCUUCUGCCAUUGACGCCGCGAAAGCUCCCUCCCUGCCGGCGCAGGCAUUGCAUCGAUACCAUGCUCAUCGCCGAGGCCAGAGUUUCGACCAACGAUCUCUACAUGUUCAACGACCGCAGACCAUGCACGAUGGUAACGUUUCAGCUACUAACAACACAGGACCGCAGACGGUGAUGGGAGAAGUGCAGCAGCUGCAACGUUUCGGACCCACAGGACACUCAGGCUAUCACCAACACUCGGCUUCUAUGCCGGUAAUGCCCGAGUGCCAACCAUUGAGCCAGGAAGACUUCCAGACCCUGGGCAAUCGCAAUGUCCCAGACAACCAGACCGCCAUGACCUAUAUGACGCCCGCGCUGCACCUCAACAUGAUGCAGCAGCAGCAGCAGCUUCAACACGCAAGAGUGCAUUCCAACAAUGCGCUUGAUGGUCAGCUUCUCGAGAAUGGUCCGUGGGACAUGUAUCAGCACGACAACCUUGCUGCGCCGCUCCCACAGCAACCCAACACCAUUCCCGCGGGCUUAAGGCGUCUGUCAGCUCAAUCAGAGACCACUCCUGCGCAACGACCACUCACUCCGAAGCAUAACAAUACCAAUUACCUUCCUAUCACCCCUGCCACAACGCCCUUUAAAAAAUCAGUGGAUCUUGCCCAGUACAGCGGCGAACUCCAUUCAACUCCCACCAAGGACCAGAGCCUUUCCGCACCCGGCUCUUCCCAAUCGUUCAUGCAACGUACGAAUUCACUCCAAGGAGUGGCUGGAACAACAUUCUCCCAACCCAAGCUUGAAGUCCCCUCCCCCCCAAACACUGCGUCAUUUGAUGUGGACAGCUUCGAUGCUUUUGACUAUCAACAGGAAUCCAGUUAUGAAAUCCCCAAGUCUGAGAGCCUCAACCAUUAUGCCUCGUCGUUGGCGUCGUCAUCAUUCAACUCAUCCCCGGAACUCGCGGCUAUGCCGUGUCCACAAGACGGCGGUAGAGCGCAAAAGCUCCCCAUCUACCCGGUCACACCAAGUCGCACAAACAUGAAGAAGUCUCCCAGCGUCACCUCCAACUCGUCCGCGUCGAAGCCAAAGCUCUCUCCAAGGGUCGCAACCAUUGACAGCCUCAACCUGGAUGCCAGAGUCCAUGCAUCCAUCAAAGAAACUGGCGUCACAAUCGACGAGAUUGCCUCGUACAUAAGCGGCCCUGAUCCAGAGGACGGAAAAUGGGUGUGUCUGCACCCAGGAUGCGAGCGUCGGUUUGGAAGAAAAGAAAACAUCAAGUCCCAUGUUCAGACCCAUCUGGGUGACCGUCAGUACAAGUGCGACCACUGCAACAAAUGUUUUGUCCGCGGCCACGAUCUCAAACGCCAUGCCAAAAUCCAUACCGGUGACAAGCCGUACGAGUGUCUCUGCGGUAAUGUGUUCGCUCGACACGACGCAUUGACGCGCCACCGACAACGGGGCAUGUGCAUCGGUGGUUACAAGGGAAUCGUUCGCAAGACAACGAAACGUGGUCGCCCCAAGAAACAUCGGCCCGAGAUGGACGAGAGACAAGAUAAGGCAUCUAGAACCCGCCAGCGGCUCGCCGAGAAGACAUCUUUCGACUCCUCCAGCUCAGAUAUCUCUCGCAAUUCUCCCCCAUCGGAGGUACUGGAACAAAUGAGCCUUCACGGCUCUAGCCCCGCCGAACAGAUGCCGGUAUUCCAUAAUCCAAACUACUCGCUGCCUCCGGAGGUCUUUACGUUCACUCCUCCUGCAUCCCCUGGCGGUAGCGCUGGAAACAACCCUUCUCCAAGCCACAGCCAACGCUCCCUCACGCCUAGCACCGAGGACGAAAUGCCACCUUUGUCACCUUCCAAGCAACCUCUGUCAAAGAUUGUGGAAGAAUCUGGCUUGCCUCUUAUGCCCGAUUGUGCAUACACCAAUGCCACCAACUCAACCAUCAAUGCUUUGUCGUCCCCGCAUACCGCACCCACCCUGAGUGAUGCUUCAAACGGCUCCGAUCUUGACAUCUUUAUCAGCCAAGAUCCGUCCACCGGCUUCGGCAAGCAUGAGUUUUCCGACCUCACUGAUUCCGACAUGGCGGCAUUCCCUGACUAUGUGAACGGCUCUUCCUUCGAAGGCGGAAUGGACCUCUUCCAAGGAAAGGGGUUCUCCAAUGCUCCCCCAAUGAGCGACGACUUCUUCUCCUUCCAAUUUCAAGUUGACGAGCAACCAUCCGAUGUUAUGACCCGCGAUUUCUUCAUGGAUUAA